ACAUGGCGCCUGAAUUUGUAGAAUUACCGAGUUAACAUUUUAAGUGUGAAUUUAUCAACGUUUUGAAUCCACAAAAGAAAAAGAGCAACAAGAAGAAAUACGGAUAAUGCCGAUUAAUACACCAGUUAAACUUUCUUUAGAAAAUGAAAGAGGUAAUGAAGAGGAAAAAAGCGCUGUUACGACUCCUCAAGCUGCACUUAUAAAAUUUGUUGAACCCCACUCAGACUCGGACGAAAACAAUGGUGAAGAGCCUUCGCUUCUUAGCCGCGAAGUUACCAAAGAAAUACGGAAGAGAAGGAAAACUAUUGUUAAUUCUUUUCGACUGGCAGAGUUAGUUCCAACCACGAACACUCCUCACUCAAAUUACCGCAGAAAGUCGAUUGUUGUAUUAACAACGGAAACUGUCAUAGACGCCAAAGCUGAACAACAUUUUACUGAAGGUUUAGCAGUUGCUGAAUUAGAAGAUCAUAACCAAGCCAUAACAUCCUACAACAAAGCUAUUUCUUUGAAGCCAGACAUUGUGAAAAAUUACAUUGCAAGAGGAGAGAGUUACUUACAGAUCUGUGACUUUCAUUCAGCAAUUUUGAACUUUAAAAAAGCAUGUAUAUUGGAUCCAGACAAUGAUUUUACUUACUCUAGAUUAGCAUUCCUUUACUUUCUUCAAGGACAGUGUUUAUUUGAUGAAAAACUUUACAGUGAAGCAUUGGAAUCAUUUUCUAGAGCAGCAGAGAUGAAACCUGAGGUGAUUGGUUAUCACACAAGGAGUGUGGCUUGCUUGGCCGCUCUUCAAAGACAUGGAGAAUGUUUAGCGCUUGUUAAUAAACGACUUGAAGAAGAAACUGAGAACCCAGACCUUUUCAUCAUGAGAGCCAGACUUCAUGAACUGUUCCGUAAUUCAACUCUUUGCUACUAUGAUGUCAAAGAUGCACUUGCUCUUGCCCCAGAUAACACAGAAGCUAAAACUCUUAUGGCAUCUCUUGAAAAGAGAGCAAAGGAGAGCAGGCAACAGGCCAUACAGUUACAUUUAGUUGGCAAGGUAAAAGAAGCUCUCUCUAAAAUCUCCAUUGCUAUUGAAACUAAUCCAUCCAUGGCAGAAUAUCAUAUCUUUCGUGGCAGUCUUCAUAGAAGGAUGUCCGAUUUCAAUGCUGCCAUUGAUGAUUAUCUACUAGCCAUGGAUAAAACUGAUCAUGACGAAUCAAACAAAACGUACAAGGAAGCACAAAGACAGUUACUUCUCUGUUAUAAUGACUUUGCUGUGGAAUGCUUCAGGAAAGAAUUCUAUGAUGAAGCAGUUGUGCUGCUGAACAAAGCAAUCAAAGGGGAGAAAAAAGAAAAAGGACUGUAUAUCAACAGAGGGGAUUGUUUCUUCCGGCUGAAUGAGUUGCACUUUGCUCUGUCUGACUACCAACAAGCACUGGAGAUGGACAGCAGUGAUUGGUCCGUCAGAUGCCGACUGUCUAUUGUUUAUAAUGAGUUUGGUAUACUGGAGUAUUAUGACAGACAUUAUUUGGAGGCUAUUGAUCAUCUCACCACUUGUAUCCAGUACAACCCCCGCAUUGGAGCUUACUUCCUGUCACGUGCCAGGGCCCGCUACAUGAUUGAAGAUUUGGACGGAGCUCGGUAUGAUGUCCUUGUUUCACUGUAUUUGGACCCAGAAAACAAGGAAGUCGUCUCCAUAUUUUCGCGCCUUUUUCCUGGGAGAUCGAUCACUGACGUCAUGAAGAGUCACAUGGGUAUUACAGCGGCGCGUCAGGCCGAGGCCUCUAUCAGAGAUACAAACAGCUAUCAAGAGCUGUCUCAGCAUGCUUCAGGUGCAAAGAACUCAGAGGCAGCUGCCAGAUUUAGUGGCAAGUCAAUUCUUCCUCCGAUUUGUGGCUCGGUGUUCCCUGAAAUGCGAGUUUGUAUGGAAGAACAGGAUUUUCACAUCAAUAUUAUAAAAGGGAAGAAAAAGGCUACGAAAUUGGUACACAAGACUCUCAGUACUCGUCAAGAUCUGACAUUCAAAGGUCCAAGAGUCCAGUCCACAUUGACUGGUUUAACAGUUGCAACAGAAAGAAGUGUGGUGAAGUUCGAUGGGCUGACUGAAAAGAGAACCAAAGAUCAGAAAGCUUUGGCUCAUUUAGCUUAAUAACUUAGUCAAGGAGAGAAGGGCGACAUUGGGAAAACAAAUUCAUGAUCAGGAAAAUUACCCUCACUGAACUAGAAUUAUUAAGACAAUUAUGAUUGUACUGUUUCACAGGAGAAAGUGGUGUUAGAGUCAGAAAUAUAGCUGUAUUUAAGCCAAUAUCAUUUUUAAAAAAAUACUUUUUGUGUGGAAAUAUCAAAUAACCUUUCAAAUGCGUAAAUUUGGUUCCAGUGCAAUCCCGGCAUAUCCGAGUCACCUACGAAAUUAAUACCAUUUCCAUAACAUUAGAAAAGUAAAUCUAUUUUCUCGGUAA